GGUGAUCUUCAACAAGAUCUAUAACCCAUCAUCAAUCUCGAUUCAAUUCGAUUCUCGACGCCGUGGAUUUCGACACACAUAUAAAUCAUCAUGGGGUUCUGGACGCUAAUGGAAGGGUUACUGCUAUUCGCCAACGCACUAGCUAUCCUCAACGAAGACCGUUUCUUAGCUCCCAGAGGAUGGACACUCACAGAGCUUCACCAAACCGGCAAAAGAAACUCCCUCAAAGGCCAAAUCGUCGGUCUCAUCCACGCCUGCCACUACAUGAGGCUUCCUCUCAUGCUCUUCAACUUAAUCGUCAUCGUUUUUAAGCUCUUCUCCGGUUAAAAACAAAAUAAAAUUAGAUUCUAAUAAUUCAACCCAAACACACUUCUCUUCUUUUUUUUUUUUUGUUCACCCUUGUCGGAACAAGAACUUUGUUCGUUGAUUCAUUAAAAUUCAAAACCUGGCAUUGUAUA